AUAUUGCUUUAGCUAUUCAUGCAAAGAUAGUCUGUGUUUUGCAAGAUUACGUGAAAAACGUUAGAUAAAUCGUAGAUUAAAAGAUUCAUCGUUUAUCACAAAAGUCCUUUAAGUUGUUUUGUUUUCGCAUCUUGUUGUAAUAUACUGUUAAACGUUCGCCUAAAAAAAGCUGAAAAAAAAAUAGUUUUCGAAUUUGUUAGCUUGAAUUAUCCGAGACAAAUAUGUUCGGUUAACAAAGUAGUUUUGGAGGUCAUUGUCUGAGUUUUUGAAUAAAACACGUGACAACUAAUUAGCUGGCUAAUUAACUAUUAGUGUUGGUUUGGAGAAGCACGUCGGCGCAUAAAAGAAUAAUGUGUGCAGGAUUUCUUACACAUGAAGUUUACAGUGGAUAAACGCUUGGGUGAUAAUUUUAAAGCAGUUCCGUGGAUACAAUAAAAUAAGAAGAGCAGUAAUGAAGAUCAAAAAGGGAAUACAAAGCUAUGUAAUAUCUAAAGUAAAAUUAGAAAAAGAUGUCAAACCAGAAGAAGACUAUGUCAGCAAAACCAUCGGAAACUUUGGUUCAUACCAAGCAAUUGUGUGUCCUAUAGCAGGCAUUAGCAGACUCAUAGUAAUGUGGAAUGUUAUGUGUAUAGUUUUCCUAACACCGACAACUAACUUCACUUGUGUGAAGUUCAAAGAUAACCAAAUUAGAAAUGUCACCAACUCAACAUGCUAUGCCGACUGCAUAGAAUAUGCAUACCAUAGUCCAGUGCUUGAAGAAACAUUGAUUUCAUCGUUUGGUUUGAUAUGUGGUAAUGCGUGGCUUGCUAGUUUUACACAGACUAUUGCAAUGCUUGGAUUAGUCAUAGGAGUGUCAGUAUUUGGCUGGAUUUCUGACAGGUUCGGCCGCCGCAUCGCGUAUAUUCUGUCUGGCAUGACAACAGUCAUCUUCACUUUGGCUUCUUCUUUCGCGCCAAGCUACUGGGCGUUUACUGCCAUGCGUUUCUUCGCUGGCUUCGGAUCAGGCGGCGUCAUGACACUUAGCGUCGUGCUCAACGUCGAAAUGGUCGGUCCAAAGUACAGAGAAAUUUCUGGAGCUAUGUCCUUGCUUGCUGAUGGAGUUGCAGUCAUGUUAUUAGCAGCAAUAGGAGCUCCUAUAUCGUCGUGGAGAUCGAUGUUACUGAUAUUUGGAAUAGUCGGGGUUUUGAUACUGGUAAUGCUGAUGUUCUUACCAGAGACGCCUCGGUGGUUGAUUUCGCAAAGGAAGACUGAGGAAGCUGUUGCCCUGAUGACUAAAAUCGCUAAGUUCAAUGGACUUAAUACAUCUCACAUAAGAGAAACAGUUGAAGAAGCCGUUAAACAUCUUGAAAAUCAACAAAUGGCUGUGCAAAAGUAUACGUUCCUGGAUCUAUUCAGGAAUAUGAAACUAGCCAGGAUAACUGUGACCAGUGUCGCUAUGUGGAUAGCCGGCGGAAUAUGUUAUUUUGGUAUAAACCAAUAUUCAACGUUACUUGGACUGAACAUAUUUGUUGUGGUGCCCAUGAUGGGCUUUUUUCAAAUUAUAGGCAACUUCCUUGCGCUACCAGCGAACAGAUACUUCAAGAGGAGGAUGUCUUUAUUCACCGCGUUCAUAACAGUCGGUAUUUUUAUGCUGAUCCUCAUCUUCGUGCCUUACGCCCACUGGGGCUGUGGAGUUCUCACUUGCACCGGACUUGUCUUCGCCAUUAUGAUCAUCUGCAUCGCCUACGUCCAUAGCAGCGAGGUCUACCCCACUCCUUUGAGGAAUAUGGGAAUCGGUGUGUGCUGCGGAGGGGCAAAGGUUGGGGCAAUGAUUGCCCCGUUCAUCGCAAACGCACAUCCUCAUUGGAUAGCUGAAACUAUAUUGACUGUGAUACCCUUUGUUGGUGCUCUUCUAAGCCUUUUGCUGCCAGAAACUAAAGGCAAAGAAAUUAAAGAUACUGUUGAUUAAAAGUUUGAAAAAAUGCUUUGAAGACCCAAAAUUAAAGUAGACAUUUAUGACGAAAAGAGUAGGUACUUCACUCUUACAAACACGACAAGUUUUACUUUCUUUUUCCUCAAUGAUUACAUUUUUUAUUUCAAAAAUUAUGUCAUCACUUUCCAUGUCUGCAGAUAUAAUUAUCGUGCGUGACCUUAAUUAUCAUAAUAUCGAUGACAGGUUUAAGAUCCUCAUGCAUCAAGUCACAUGAUUGUCAGUCAGAUAGAGAUGGCCUUAUCACUAUUGACGUAGAGCUGUCUCAAUCAUCUCGAGUACAGUGAUAA